AAUUGUUUAUGCGCACUCAGACAUUUCGUCGAACACCUCGCGAGCAUUCACAAAUCAAGCACCAUCUCCAUGUCCAUGUCCAUGUCCAUGUCAUUUAGAUUAUGCCUUCAAAAGAAGCCAAUUUGAUUUCCUCUCUUUCUCUCAAUGUCUAAGUAGAAUUGGAAGGGAGGUAGUGUUUGUAGCCAUGGCGCCGGCGGCAACCUUUGCUACCUCUUUAUUGGCUCUCUCUGUGGCCAAACGGAAGGUUUGCAAUCCAAAAAGAGUCUCGUCUUCCAGAUCGAGCUUUUUCCUUUCUGGUUCCAUCUCUUUGGAGCCUCAAAGUUUGUUGCUUUCCAGGAAGCCAUUGCGAGUAAAGGCCACAACCUUGCAAGAGGAAGAUGAAAAGGUGGUUGUGGAAGAUUCUUUUCCUGCAAAGACCUCUUCUAUUGAUCAGGAAGAAGCAAUUGAUUCUGGUGUAUCAACAAGCACACCAGGCAGGGUGGAUAGUUGGAUUAUUAAGUUUGAACAGAUGUUAAAUAUUGCUUUAACUGAGUCAGUGAUCAAAAUACUGGAUGCAUUCUACCAUGAUCGGCAUUACGCGAGAUUUUUUGUGUUGGAAACAAUAGCUAGAGUACCCUACUUUUCCUUCAUAUCUGUUCUGCACAUGUAUGAGAGUUUUGGUUGGUGGAGAAGAGCUGAUUAUCUAAAAGUGCAUUUUGCUGAGAGUUGGAACGAGUUGCAUCAUCUUCUAAUCAUGGAGGAACUUGGGGGAAAUUCUUUUUGGUUGGAUCGCUUCCUUGCACAGCUUAUUGCUGUUUUUUACUAUUUCAUGACAGUCUUCAUGUAUAUGCUGAGCCCAAGAAUGGCCUAUCAUUUUUCUGAAUGUGUAGAGAGACAUGCAUACUCAACUUACGACAAGUUUUUAAAACUGAAGGAAGAAGAGUUGAAAAAAUUGCCCGCUCCGGAGGCUGCUAUCAAGUACUACAUGAGUGAAGAUUUGUAUCUUUUUGAUGAAUUUCAAACAGCAAGAGUACCAUGCACUCGGAGGCCAAAAAUAGAAAAUUUGUAUGAUGUGUUUGUCAACAUCCGGGAUGACGAAGCAGAGCAUUGCAAAACAAUGAAGGCCUGCCAAACACACGGAAACCUCCGCUCACCUCACUCGAACAUGAACAUGAACAUAAACACAAACUCUGUUGAGGACGAACCGGAGUCGGGAUGUUCAGCUCCCGAAGCUGAUUGUGAAGGUAUAAUAGACUGUGUGAAGAAAUCACUGACCCCUCACAAUUGAAAACUACUACUGACAUGUGUAAGCAGUUGUAUACAAACAAUGUUCAGUUUGAAAGUCAUAGGAUUGUUAUUCUUUUUCUUUUUUUUUUCAAGAAAAUAAUCACAGAAUGAAAAAGAUGUGUCACUGAGGUCCAAAUGUAAGGACUAAUAGCAAUCAAAGCAACAACAACUUGGUGUAUUAUUCACUGUACAUAUGUAUAAUUAUAUGUAUAUAUACACACACACCUACAUGAACA